CCCGGCUCAAGCCUUUCGUGGGUAGAAUUUACCUUUUAGUUAUGCAAAAAUAUCCGGAAACACAUGUCGCUCCUUGCGGGCAGGAACAACCCUGUUCACUCCUGGAGAUCUGCUGAACCAGGCAGAGGAUCUGUUGUAUUUACAGGACCAGAUGCUUCAAGUGAUUAUAGAUCAAAACUCCCUGACUUCCCCUACUAUAUUGGUGAGAAUAGGCACAUCUCUGCUGAAAGUACUGGUGACCUAAACUACUUAUAUCGGUCUGCACCUUAUGUUUCAUAUCAAAAACGCAAGGACUGCUAUGUAGGAGAGAUUGGCUGGGGCCUGUGUUUAGGCCCCAAACUAAACAGAUCAAACCUCUUAAGCAACAUGCAAAUCAAGCAUGGAGAAUUCAGAGAGCGUGCUGAAGACAAAGUGACUCAUCGGUAUCAAAAUCCAUGGCAACCUCCUCCUGCUGUACUUGAUCACCAACGAGAUGGAAGAGCCUUCCUGGCAUGGCCCUUUAAAAGAAACAGAGGAGCCACGGAGUCUGCAUGGCGUAAAAGGACCGCAGUCAGUCCCAUUCACAAUACCAACUCAUCGACAUUCAAUGAAACACUGGUUUGUGAGCCAUUACCACCUUGUGAAGAGGAAGCUGCCAUUCCAUUUGACUCUAAUGAACAACUUGUCACCAGUAACCCUUAA